GAAAGCCUUGGGGAACCCGGGCCAGCAGAGGGGGCGCCCGACCGCUGCCUGCACCGCCCCCCGCUGGUCAUCUCACGACUCUCGGGGGGCCCGGGGAGGAGCGAUCGCGGAGUCUGGAGAGUCCGGGAGCGGAGCCGGCGAGAUCCAACUGCGGAGGGCGCCAGUCUCACUCAGCCGCCUCCUGCACCCGAGCCGGGGAGCGCUCGCUGACCGCCCCGCCGGCCGGCCGUAGAGCUGGGAAGGAAGCACAGCUCUAGGGAUGGUCUAGGAGCCGACUCGAGGCUCCCUGCUCUGCUCCUCGUUGCGGAGGUGGGGGGCUCGCUUGCUUGCAGCCGAUCGUCCCGACCUGCUAGCCGCCGGAGCUUGCGCGCCCCGGGGCGGCCCAGGCCGGAGAAGUUAGUUGUGCGCGCCGCUUAGUGUGCGCUGAGCCCACCGGCCAGCGAAUAGAACCAGUGGUGGGGAAGAGAGGCAACGAGGCGCCGGGACCAUCAUGGGCUGGGGCUGGGGAAGCCGCUGCUGUUGCGCGGGGCGGCUGGACCUGCUGUGCGUGCUGGCGCUGCUCGGGGGUUGCCUGCUCCCUGUGUGCCGGACGCGUGUCUACACCAACCACUGGGCAGUCAAAAUCGCCGGCGGCUUUCCGGAGGCCAACCGCAUAGCCAGCAAGUACGGAUUCAUCAACAUAGGACAGAUUGGUGCCUUGAAGGACUACUACCAUUUCUACCAUAGCAGGACGAUUAAAAGGUCAGUUCUCUCAAGCAGAGGAACCCACAGUUUCAUUUCAAUGGAACCGAAGGUGGAGUGGAUCCAACAGCAAGUGGUGAAAAAACGAACCAAGAGGGAUUAUGACCUCAGUCGUGUCCAAUCUACCUACUUCAAUGACCCCAAGUGGCCAAGCAUGUGGUAUAUGCACUGCAGUGACAACACACACCCUUGCCAAUCAGACAUGAAUAUUGAAGGAGCCUGGAAGAGAGGCUACACAGGAAAGAACAUUGUGGUGACCAUUCUGGAUGAUGGCAUUGAAAGGACCCACCCGGAUCUGAUGCAGAACUAUGAUGCUCUGGCUAGUUGUGAUGUGAAUGGGAAUGACCUGGAUCCAAUGCCUCGUUAUGAUGCAAGCAAUGAAAACAAGCACGGGACCCGCUGUGCUGGAGAAGUGGCAGCCGCUGCAAACAACUCUCACUGUACUGUGGGAAUUGCUUUCAACGCCAAGAUUGGAGGUGUGCGAAUGCUGGAUGGAGAUGUCACAGACAUGGUAGAAGCAAAAUCAGUCAGCUUCAAUCCUCAGCAUGUGCACAUUUACAGCGCCAGCUGGGGCCCAGAUGAUGAUGGCAAAACUGUAGAUGGACCGGCUCCCCUCACCCGGCAAGCCUUUGAAAAUGGUGUGAGAAUGGGGCGGAGAGGCCUUGGCUCUGUGUUUGUCUGGGCAUCUGGCAAUGGUGGGAGGAGCAAAGACCACUGUUCUUGUGAUGGCUACACCAACAGCAUCUACACCAUCUCCAUCAGCAGCACAGCAGAAAGUGGAAAGAAACCUUGGUACCUAGAAGAAUGCUCAUCUACGCUGGCCACAACCUACAGCAGUGGAGAGUCCUAUGAUAAGAAAAUAAUCACGACAGACCUAAGGCAACGAUGCACGGACAACCACACUGGGACAUCAGCCUCAGCCCCUAUGGCUGCUGGCAUCAUUGCGCUAGCCCUGGAAGCCAAUCCGUUUCUGACCUGGAGAGACGUGCAGCAUGUUAUUGUCAGGACUUCCCGUGCAGGACAUUUGAACGCUAAUGACUGGAAAACCAAUGCUGCUGGUUUUAAGGUGAGCCAUCUUUAUGGAUUUGGACUGAUGGAUGCAGAAGCCAUGGUGAUGGAGGCAGAGAAGUGGACCACAGUUCCUCAGCAACAUGUAUGUGUGGAGAGCACAGACAGACAAAUCAAGACGAUUCGCCCUAACAGUGCUGUACGUUCCAUCUACAAAGCCUCAGGCUGCUCUGAUAACCCCAACCACCAUGUCAACUACCUGGAACACGUAGUUGUACGCAUUACCAUCACUCACCCACGAAGAGGAGAUCUGGCCAUCUACCUGACUUCUCCCUCUGGAACCAGAUCUCAGCUUUUGGCCAACAGGUUGUUUGAUCAUUCCAUGGAAGGAUUUAAAAACUGGGAAUUUAUGACCAUUCAUUGUUGGGGAGAACGCGCUGCUGGUGACUGGAUCCUUGAAGUGUAUGAUACACCCUCUCAGCUGAGAAAUUUCAAGACCCCGGGUAAAUUGAAAGAAUGGUCCUUGGUCCUGUAUGGUACAUCUGUGCAGCCAUACUCCCCAACCAACGAGUUCCCCAAAGUGGAACGCUUCCGCUACAGCCGGGUGGAAGACCCCACAGACGACUACGGAACUGAGGAUUAUGCAGGUCCCUGUGACCCUGAGUGCAGUGAGGUCGGCUGCGAUGGGCCAGGACCAGAGCACUGCAACGAUUGCUUACACUACUACUACAAGCUGAAAAACAACACCAGGAUAUGUGUGUCCAGCUGCCCUUCUGGCCACUACCAUGCAGACAAGAAGCGAUGCCGGAAGUGUGCGCCCAACUGUGAGUCCUGCUUUGGCAGCCAUGGAGAUCAGUGUCUGUCCUGUAAAUAUGGAUACUUCCUGAAUGAAGAAAUCAACAGCUGUGUUACUCACUGCCCUGAUGGGUCAUAUCAGGACACCAAGAAAAAUCUUUGCCGGAAAUGCAGUGACAAUUGCAAGACAUGUACCGAGUUUCAUAACUGUACAGAAUGCAGAGAUGGGUUCAGUCUGCAGGGGUCCCGUUGUACUGUCACCUGUGAAGAUGGACGCUUCUUCAAUGGCCUGGACUGCCAGCCCUGCCACCGCUUCUGUGCUACUUGUGCUGGGGCUGGAGCUGAUGGGUGCAUUAAUUGCACAGAAGGUUACUUCAUGGAAGAGGGGAGGUGUGUACAAAGCUGUAGCAUCAGCUAUUACUUAGACCACUCUUCAGAGAACACCCACAAGUCCUGCAGAAAAUGUGAUACGAGUUGCUUAAAAUGCAAUGGCCCUGGGUUCAAGAACUGUACAAGCUGCCCCAGUGGGUAUCUCUUAGACUUAGGAACGUGUCAGAUGGGAGCCAUCUGCAAAGAUGGAGAAUACAUUGAUGAGCAUGGCCACUGCCAGGUCUGUGAAGCUUCAUGUGCCACGUGCUGGGGGCCCACCCAGGAAGACUGCACCAGCUGCCAUCUCACAAGGGUCCUUGAUAAUGGCCGCUGCAUUUUAAACUGUCCUUCGUGGAAAUUUGAAUUUAAGAACCAAUGCCUUCCAUGCCACCACACCUGCCAAGGAUGCCAAGGAAGCGGGCCUUCCAAUUGUACCUCUUGCAGAGCAGACAAUCAUGGCCAAGAGCGCCUCCUAUACCAAGGAGAGUGUCGAGAGAGCUGCCCAUUGGGUCACUACCCCACCAAGGAACACACCUGCCUGCCCUGCCCAGACAACUGUGAGCUUUGCCAAAGCCCACGUGUCUGCACACAAUGCCUGAGUGGCUACUUCAUACUGCCCACCAACCAUACCUGCCAGAAGCUGGAGUGUGGACAAGGUGAAGUGCAAGACUUGGACUAUGAAGAAUGCUUGCCUUGUGAGGAAGGAUGUCUGGGAUGCAGUGUGGAUGAUCCAGGAAGCUGUGCCUCCUGUGCUGCAGGGUAUUACAUGUUUGAACACCAUUGUUAUAAAACCUGCCCUGAGAAGACCUUCAUUGAAGAAUGGACAUGCAAAUCAUGCAACCCUAACUGUGGUAACUGUGACCAGAAUGAGUGCUUCUGGUGUGAGGAAGGCUUCUUUCUCUCAGGUGGCAGCUGUGUGCAAGAAUGUGGACCUGGCUUCUACAGUGACCAAGAGGUGGGAACCUGUGAGCCCUGUCACCAAACAUGCGAGACCUGCAAAGGCUUUGGCUAUGAUGAAUGCACCAGCUGUGGGGACAGGCUGCAGCUGUGGCUAGGGAUGUGCAUGCCGCCCGCCCCGGCUCAGGUAGAAGACAAGUUUUGGAAUGAAGCUGUGCCCACUGCAAACCCAUCUUUGGUGAAGAACUUGCUGCAGGAAGCCCGAAGGUGGAAGGUUCAAAUGAAAAGAGAUGUUUCCAAACAAAAUCAACGUUGUCAUUCUUCUUGUCAAACCUGCAAUGGAUCGGCAACUCUUUGCACCUCAUGUCCAAAAGGUGCCUAUCUGUUGGCUCAGGCUUGUGUUUCCUCCUGUCCCCCUGGCACAUGGGCCUCGGACAGGAGUGGCAGCUGUGAGGACUGUACAGAGGGCUGUGCCUCCUGCUCUGCCGCUGACCUUUGCGAAACAUGCCAGGUGCAGCGGGACGUCCCUCUCUUCCUACACGAAGGCAGGUGCUACCCCAGAUGCCCUGAGCGCUUUUAUGCAAAAGAUGGCCACUGUGAGCCGUGUAGCUCUCCUUGCAGAAUUUGUGAAGGAAAUGCCACCAACUGUCAUUCAUGUGAAGAAGAGUUUGUCCUGGACCAUGGAGUAUGCCAGAAAGCCUGCCCUGAGAGACACGUUGCUGUGGACGGGGUGUGCAAGCAUUGCCCAGAGAAGUGUCAGGAGUGCCUCCAUGAGAGAACAUGCAAAGAGUGCAUGCCCAACUACUUCCUGCAUGAAGACACGUGCUAUCAGUCCUGUCCCCAGAGGACCUACUCAGACUCAGGCCAGUGUGUCACCUGCCAUGAAGACUGUCUUCAGUGCAGUGGCCCCAAGGCAGAUGACUGUGAGCAAUGCGAAGAUUCGUCUAAGUCCCUCUACAAGGGGAAGUGCUUAGACGAGUGUCCAGUGGGAGCUUACUAUGAGGAAGAGACCGAGACCUGCCAAGAUUGCCCCAAGUCCUGCCACACCUGCUCAUCAUCCAGGACCUGCAACACCUGUCAGGAAGGCUUGAAAAGAACCAAGCUUGGAAAAUGCAUUCCACACAGCGAGUGUGCCGCCAUCGAGUACUGGGACGAGGAUGGGCACAAGUGUCGGCCAUGUCACCGGAAGUGCUUACACUGUUCAGGGCCCAAGGAGGACCAAUGCAACACCUGCCCGAGGCCCAGCCUUCUUCUCAAUACCACUUGUGUGGAGAACUGCCCAGAGGGCUACUACCCCAAUGAAGCCAGCCAUCGGUGUGAUCCUUGCCACAGCUCUUGCAGAACCUGUGAAGGGCAGCACAGCCUACAGUGCCUCUCCUGCAGGCCAGGCUGGUUCCAACUGGGCAGAGAGUGCCUGCUUCAGUGCAGAGAUGGAUAUUAUGCAGAAAACUCCAAUGGCCAGUGUAAGAAAUGUGACAAGAGCUGCAAGUCAUGCCGGGGUCCACAGCCCACAGAUUGUCUGUCAUGUGACAAGUUUUUCUUCCUACUCCACUCCAAGGGACAGUGUUAUCGCACCUGUCCCAAACAUUACCACGCAGAGCAAAGCACUCAGACCUGUGAGAGAUGCCAUCCAACUUGCAAUGAAUGCAAAGGAAAACGAGCAUCAGAUUGCUUGUCUUGUGUGUGGAGUUACCACCUCAUGGGAGGAAUCUGCAAUUCAGAUUGUUUUCUGGGGAAAUACAGAGUGGAAGAGGGAGAAAAGUUUGAUUGUGAAGACUGCCAUGAGAGCUGCAUGGAAUGCAAGGGACCUGGCAACAGGAACUGCACCAUGUGCCCUGCUGGCCUGCUACUACACAUGGAUGACAGCCGCUGCCUCCACUGUUGCAACACCUCCAGUCCCACCAACUCCCAGGAUUGCUGUGACUGCCAUGAAACCAUGGAGGAGUGCAUCCUUUGGAUGGGUCAGGCCGGGCCUGCAGCUGAGCAUUCCAAGACUGCCCUGCUGGUUACCUCCUCCAUCAUGCUCGUGCUCCUGCUAGGGGCAUCGCUGAUGAUCUGGAAGAAACCUUGGAGCCGUGUCCAGCCAGUGGAAAAGGCUGGCUAUGAAAAGCUGUCUGACCCUAGCAAGUCUCACUCUUCCUACAAGAGCAGCUAUCUCCAGAGCACCAGCUUUGAAGAUCAGGUGAUUGAGUACAGGGACCGGGACUAUGAUGAGGAUGACGAAGAUGACAUUGUCUAUAUGGGCCAAGAUGGCACUGUCUACCGGAAAUUUAAGUAUGGGCUGCUGGAUAAUGAUGACGAAGAUGAGCUAGAAUAUGAUGAUGAGAGUUACUCCUACUAGUGAACAGCCCCACCACCCCACCCCUACACCUCUCUCUCCCCACCAAAACCAGUUUGGGUUUUAUUCACAUACCAGACUAACGUGUGAGUGUUUGUGUCUAUCUUAACCAUAAAUCCAACCAGAAGAUGUAAGAACUGUAAUCCUUGCAUGCUUCUUUUGAAUGGCUAAAAUUAACACAUAGUUUCUUCCCAACUGUAAUUCAGGAACAAUAAUGACAUUCAGCAAGGUUCUGAUGACUCAUACUUGUAAUCCUAGUUACUCAGGAGGAUGAGAUCUGAAGACCACAGUUUAAAGCCCAUCCAGGCAAGAAAAAUCUGCAACACUCUUAUCUGCAAUGAAUUAC